GCCACUUUUUCAAUGUUUCUUGUUUUCUUUCUCUACUUUGAAAUAAAUUUAUAAAAAAGUAAAUAUAUAAUUCCAAGAAUUUGUGUACCUUUUGUUCUCAAUAAAUGGAUUACAUAUAAAUAUUUCAUUUUGCAAACAUCAUGACCACCUGAAGAAUAAUAUAAUGAUGAAGAUUUCAAUUAUCUUUUUGUUCUUCUUCAUCACCUCUGUUUCUUCACACUAUGGAGAUCAAUCCAAGUUUAUGUUAGGUGAAGAUAAUUUUGGGCAUUGGAGAAAUGGUAUCUUGAGCUCAUCAGCUGCAAGCCAGGCCCCUGGUCCAUCCAAUGAUCGAUUCAACACGCUUGUAUUAGCAGGAUCAAGAACGAAGAGGCCCGAUAUUCUUAACCAUUUUAAGCGGUAUCAAGAUGGAUGGGACAUUACUAAUAAACAUUAUUGGGCAUCGGUUGGGUUUACAGGCGCCGCAGCGUUUACUCUUGCGAUAUUAUGGUUUGUAUGCUUUGGUUUGGCCAUGAUCAUCCAUCAUUGUUGUGGACUGAAAAUAGACAUCAAAGGCAGAAAAUCUCGUGGCUCCCAGAGAAUAUGCUUGAUUUUGCUUCUCGUUUUCACAUGUGCUUCAGCGGUCGGUUGCAUACUUUUUUCAGUCGGACAAGGUGAAUUUCAUGGCAAAGCCGUGGGCACAUUGAAUUAUGUUGUAAACCAAUCAGAUUACACCGUUCAAACACUCAUGAAUGUCACGGGCUACUUGUCACUAGCAAAGUCUGUUAACGUGGCCCAGGUUUUUCUUCCUUCAGAUGUUAAAGAUGAUAUUGACAAGUUGAACAUUGACCUAAACAGUGCCGCAGAUACGCUGAGGCAGAAAACGCACCAAAGUUCGCAAAAAAUAAGAACCGUCUUUGAUACUGUGCGAUCAUCGAUGAUUGCUGUUGCCAUAGUGAUAUUUCUAGUUUCGCUUUUAGGCCUUUUUUUGUCCAUUCUUGGUCACAAGAAUGCAAUCUACAUAUUCAUAAUCAGUGGAUGGUUACUUGUUGCGGUUACAUUUAUUCUGUGUGGAGUUUUUGUGAUUAUCAACAAGAGGCUAAUGAGCUAUUGUGUUUUCAGUGCAAUAUCGGACACUUGUAUGGCCAUGGGACAGUGGGUGGAUAACCCGCAUGCUGAAACAGCUCUUAGCAACAUCCUUCCGUGUGUUGACCAAGGAACCACCAAUGACACUCUGUAUAAGAGCAAGUUAGUUGUAAACGAUAUUACCAAUAUCAUAAACGGUUUUAUAGGUUCAUUUGCCAACUCAUAUGCGUCUCCUGGUGGGAACUCUAAUUACUAUAACCAGUCGGGCCCAAUGAUGCCGUACCUUUGCUAUCCAUACGACUCUCAACUGCACGAGCUAGAUUGUCCUUCCCAAUUGGUUUCUAUGGGAAAUGCUUCUGUGGUUUGGCAGAACUACACUUGCACGGUCUCGGAAUCAGGAUUUUGCACCAGCCCUGGAAGAUUGACACCAGACAUGUAUCAGCAACUAGUGGGAGCAGUUAACAUAAGCUACGCCCUUCAACAUUAUGCACCACCCUUACUCAGUCUCCAAGACUGCAAUUUUGUACGUGAAACGUUCAGAGUUAUCACCUCCGACCACUGUCAUCCAUUAGAAGACCGUCUUCAAAUGGUGAACGCAGGUUUGGGUCUUGUCUCUGUAGGAGUCAUGCUCAGUCUUGCACUUUGGAUAAUAUACGCAAACCGACCUCAAAGGGAGGAAAUGUUUGCUAAGAUAUCAUCAAAGUUUAAAGGCAAAUGCAAUGGAACGACCAGUAAUGACGUUUAAGAUGUUAGAAAAAUCAUAUAAAAUAGUUUUAGCUAUAUAUAUAGAGUGAUGUGAUUAGGGGUUUUUCAUUGUGAUAUCCCCCUUUCCUGCCAAAUUCAAGAUGGAGCGAAGCAUCAUUUUGAGUUUUGAGCAGGCGUAAAAUGUAUACCGUUCUUUUCGUUUAAAAAGUUUGUAGUUGCUAUGAGUCUCUAAUGAAAAAGAUUAAAGAAAA